AUUCAUUGUUGUACUUAAAGUUCUUUGAUGAUCCACUUAACAGGUGAUAAUUCUUAAAGAAAUAUUUAAUGAAUAUUAAGUCGAUCUUUGUUAUUAAAAAUUAGAUAUUAGAAAACUGCAAGGCAAAUUUUGAAGAUUAUAUUAUUUUUUAAGAGUAAGCUUUUGACAGAGUAUUCGUAUUUUCUCUUGGAUACUAAGAUUUCUAACAAAUUGAUUGAAAUAAAUCAUUUUGAAUUCGCCGAACAAUUAAAAAUCUUAAAGGUAAACGACUAUAAAAAUUAGAGAAGGCAAACGAAAUAAUUAUCUUUUUAGU